UUUGAUGCUGUAAGCCAGCGUCGAGCGUCAGCAUGAAAUCGAGCUUUAAGAAGUCAGUCAAUUUAUGACAAUUUUGACAGACAUUUCAUAUUCAAACAUAAACAGUCGUUUAUAUUUAAUUUUCAAAUUGUGUUUAGGUUUAUACUCAUAUGAAUUCUGUUUUGGAGCAUAAUUAAUGAAUUGUUAAAAUAUUUUAAUAUAGUGCAAACGUAUAAGAACUCAUUAUAAGUGCUUUUAAAACUAUAUAAGUAUAUUGAAAACAUUUCAUAAAGUGAUUAUACAAAGUCCAAAUAUGUAUUGAGAUGUGAUUAUGUAGUGGAGGUAUUCUAAUAAUAGUUUUCUAUUAAUAAAAGUAUAUAUAAUUGGAAUACGCGAUGUCUGAAAACAAUAUGGAUAGCAAACAGUCUAGGACUUCAAUUUUGAAGCUCAAAAAAUGUGUUAGUGAAUCCAAUGAUUCGACAACUGAUUAUAGAGAAGUAAGAAGAGUUAGUUUUGCCAGUAGCAAUUUUAUUAAGCCAUUUGCAGCAGAUCCCGAAAAAAAUACAAUUUGGGAUAACACUUAUGAAGAAGAAGUGCUCGUUGAUUCAACCAGAUCUAAUGACCAUGAAAUUCUAGACAUGACAUUGGAAGUAACAGCUUUCAAAGAAUGCGAUAAAGAAAAUUAUAUCCCAAUUAAUCCGUUUAAUGAUAGCGACUUCAAAAAUAAAUCUCUCUUUUUAGAAGCAAACGUUACUUCAAAUUCUGAGCAAGAUAUGGAGUUCACAAAUGUCUUACCAAAUUUUGUAGUAGCUAAUAAAAUGCAGAUGGAAAAUACAUCGAGAAAAUUAGAAGAUAAGAAAACAUCUGAAAUGUAUUCAACAGAUAAUGCGGAAAAAACGACAAACGAAAUAGAAGACAUGCAAUUUACAUGCGCUUAUCAAAUUUCUGACAACGUGAAAUGUGUGGACCUAAUUGAUAAUGUUGUAGAAGAAAACAUGGAGCUCACUUGCCCUAUACCACUAUCCAAUAAUCAAGAUACAGUAAAUAAUGAAAUCACCCAUACUGAAAGAGAUUAUAUGAAAAAAGUGGCCCUUAAGAAUAGUUCUGGUGACUCGAAAUUUCAAGAAAAACCCUUUGAUACACUACAGGCUGAAAAUUUUGUUCCGACUCCAACUACUGACAUGGAAAUUAGUAUGCAGCUGACAUGUGUUUUCCCCGAGCAGAAUAAGAAUAAAACCUGUUUGAAUACGAAUGAAAAUAUUCUACAAUAUGAUAUGGAGUUAACAUGUGCUUGUCCAAGGAAUCCACAAAACAAUAAUCUCAAAAAUACAGAUCAAACCAAAAGUGAUUUGAAUACAGAAUUAAAUACAAAAGUUUUUAGUACUAAUAAAGUGCUAGAAUAUUCUAAUAAAGGAAUCUCACAAGAACAAACUGUUAAUGAUGUACAGGACAUGCAAUUAACUUUAUCUUUAGAAAACAUUGUAUCUGAUAAUAAUAAUUUGGAUACCAGUAAGUCUCAACCGUCACAAGAAAUGCGUGUAUAUGUUGAUGUUUCUCAAGAAGACAUGGACAUUUCGUGUUCUUUCAGUGAUAAUAUAAAAUUAAAUCCGGAUGUGCUGUCUCUCAAAGAGACACCCAGUUCUUCUUUCGCCAUGAUCUUAAACAAUAGUCCUCAUUCUGAAUAUCUAGGCAAAAAGAUAUUUAGUACGAAACCCUCACCAUCUACUUCUAAAAUUGACGUUGUUUCAGAUAUCAAUCCAGAAGUUAAAGAUAAAACUCAAUUGAGUACCAACAUCCACCAAACGGGAACCCAAAAUUUCUUAACAGAAUCAUCAAAAGGAACAAUAUCAUCGCAAAAUAAUUAUCCCACAUCAGAUACACAUCCACAUUCGAAUAUAUCUACUAAAAUUGAAUUUGAAGAAGAGAGUUGUGGUCAGAGGAACGAGCAUGAUUGUACUUCCACAAACAAAACAAAUUUAGUAGAUACCAUAACAGUGGAAUUUCCCUCUACUCCAAAAUACGUAAACGAUAUAUAUUCCGUAGAUGAUACCUCUCCUCCACAAUUCCAAGAAUGCGAUGAAGAAUCGAAAGGAAGCGAACAACUAUGUGCUAGUAUAACAAGUGAUGGUGAUUCAUGGGAAUCGAUUCUAAAGCAAGCCAAAGAUGUAUUGGGUUUACCUAAAGUGACAUUCCCCGAAUUAUCUACGAAUUUAUUCGAUAAGAUGAUCGAAACCGACAAAAAAAUUUUGGACUUGUUGGAAUCUUUAAAAGUACCUGAAAUUGAUGCAAUCGAUUUAGAAGAAAUGCAUAAAUUGGAAUUUGGUUCUGCUGAAGUCGAUUCCGGUAACAAUAUCAGAGAAGAAACCAGACUUUCUGAUAUAGUCGCUCCUCAAACUUUGGAUGAAUUGGUUAAGGAGGCGGCUACAAGGUGUGAAAAUUAUUGGGAAUUUGUUAGAUGUGAAAACAAUUAUUAUUGUUUCCACAUCUUUUAUGGUGUCGUUUCUUUUAAAGCUAAAGUCCAUCCGGACAAAGGAGUCGUUGAUGAAAUUUCUACUUAUGACAAUAUGGAAGAUGAUGCUGUACCACUGUUACGUUACCUUUCGCAAUGUUUAAGAAACAAAUUGAAUAAAGAAAACUUGAUGUUGCCGUUGGGCGAAAAUUUUGACUUAUUAACUUUACUAGAUUAUGUUAAUAUGUGCGUGGAUGAGGUUAAAAGGUUCUUUGUUGAAUUCAAUAAAUUGGUUGAAGAGUACGGACCAACUCAUAAAUUGAGGAUGAAUCCUCAAUUUUCGGUUGUAGUGGAAGUUAUGAAAAUAAAAUCUAUUAUAUGGUGGGUAAUAACAUUAAACCUCUCAACGACUAACGUUGGCUCCAUAAUUCACAUCAGCGCCAUGCAUAUCUAUGAAGAAGUCGAUGAAAAACACAUUCAGAAUCUAGGAAAUGAAUUAAUAGGAUCUAAUUACAUCAGAAAUUUCAUUUUACUUUUGGAAGAAUAUGUAAAUAAGGUAGUCAAACAGGUUGCAGCCCGAACGGAGAAUGAAUUUUUUUGAUUGUUUAAUUUUAUUUUUUUAAAUUAAAUAUAUUUUUCUCUACAAAA